CGCUACAGUCAAACAAUUUCUCUGCCAACAGUGAACACGUGGUCACGAGGUCUCCAGAGUGUUUUUGUUUGUGAUUUUUAAGAAUAAAAAAUUAUAUUCAUUCAUUACCGUGAAUAAUGAAGUCCAAGGAUGAUUUCGAUUUGUUCGUUGGAGGCAAAUCCGGAGUUUUUAAAGGAAUAAAAUAUGAUAAGAGUCUGUGUAAAAUGAAGAAUCUACAGAAUUUAGUUUCGAUAACAAGUGAUCACGAGGUCACAGCCAUGUCCUGGAGCGAUGAGAAUGAGGACGAGGUUCUGAUUGGAUAUGGCACAAAGGAUAAGAAGGGUAUCAAAAUUUAUGAAUGUGGAAUAGCCUCGUUUGCUUCGACCUUCAUAUGCGAAGCUGGAGAUGGAUCUAUCAGGGGUAUUUCACGUUAUGAUGAUGCAAUAUUAACAGCAGUAGAGUCUGGUGAUGUGAAGCUCUGGAGGAACGAGGAUAUGGGGGAAUUAUUGGUGGAGGCUGGAAAAAAUUUACACAGAAUGAGACCCUCGAGUGUCGACAAAAACGUAAUUGCCACAGGGGGAAACGAGCACAAGUUGCAAUUAUUCGAUUUAGAGAAGCAAACAAGGAUAUUUGAGGAGAAGAACGUUCGUCACGACUGGCUAGAGCUAAAAGUUCCCCUCUGGAUAUCAGAUAUUGGAUUUCUAUCAGAGUCUUCCCAAAUUGCCACGUGCAGCAGAUAUGGACACGUUCGAUUGUACGAUCCCAGUGCCCAGAGACGUCCAGUUAUUAAUUUAGAAGUAAAGGACGAAGCCUUAACGACUCUAGCUGUAGCCCCAAAGGAGAAACAUAUUAUUAUUGGUUCUGGAAAAGGAAUAAUGAAUUUGAUAGACUUGCGAAGUCCAGGAAGAAUCCUCAACACCUACAAGGACUCUGCUGGAAGCAUAACAUCAAUCGCCUGCACGAGGAAUAAUCCCUACGUAGUGAGUGUUGGUCUGGACAGGCAUUUGCGUGUGCACCACAUCGAUACAAAGAAACUUUUGCACAAGACCUACCUCACCUCGAGAUUAAGCUGCAUGGUCCUGAGGUCGAACGCCGACCUCGACAUAGAUCCUUCGGGGAAGAAGAAACGAGAAGGGGAUAAGGCUGACGGAGUCAUCGAAGUGAUCGAAGCGACUGACGAACAGGAAGAAAAGACUAUUGUUGACGAGUGCGACGAAAUAUUCGAUAAAAUGCCAGUGAUAGAGGAUGAAAUUCAUGAAUGUCGGCUUCCUGGUAUCAAGAAGAGGGUUCUGUCUUCCAGCACACGAAGAAAUCCAGCGUACAAGAAAAAUCGCGUCAAGUAAAGGAGAGAUUAAUAUUUUUAAAGGAUUUUUGUGUUAGGCUUGAGGAUUAGAGUAGAUUAUUUUUAAAUCUUUCUCGUCCGCGUUGAAAAUGUCAAAAGCUCUUUACAGAUGUUGUGAAUACAUUUAUAUUUGUAUUCAGAACGGGAAUAAAGCUAUAGAUCAAGUUUUA